CUCAAUUGAAGCCGUGGCUCUUCAUCAUCUUGGCUUUAGCUCGUCUGGGGCUUGCCACAUAGCUGACCCGGAUGAGUGGUAAUACGGAAGUUUCGAUGUCUGCAUCCCAGUUACAGUUAGCGACCCCAAGAAAAACUACAAUAAGUGCGUGAUAAUUCGAUUUCCUCUGCCGUAUCGGGUGGGCGACGCGCACUAUCCUGGAAACUCCGAUGAGAAAUUGCGUUGCGAAGUUGGGACAUAUGCGUGGCUUCAGGGUAAUUGCCCAUCCAUCCCAAUUGGCUUUAUUUUCAACCGGUGAAACGGUACUUUACUGUUCUCGGGAACCUGCCUUUCCCUAUGCGCCUUUUUCAAUCAUUCCGUCGUCAUAUAUCAGCGUGGCUUCGAUUACAGACGCCAUCUCGAUACAUCCGCCAUCAGUGCAGAGAUCAAUGUUCGAGAAACAAGGCAUUGGUUACAUGCUGAUUGAGUACAUUGAUAGACCGCAGGGUCGGAUGCUUUCAGAAACGUGGGAUGAAAAGAGGGAUGCAAACCUGGAGACGAAUCUCUUUCGAGGCCUCUCACGUGUGAUUCUAGGGAUCGCCAGUAUACCACUCCCUCGGAUUGUAUCUUUUACUAUUGACCCAAGGGGCUUUCUCUCCCUGUCUAACAGGCCACUCAGACUUGACGUUCAGCAACUUGAAAACGAGCACAUUCCCGUUGAUUCUUGACCCUGAAUGGGCAUGUUCUCGUCUACUGGAAAUGAUACGCCCUCCCUAUUGACUGACAAGCAAAGCUGUCGAUGGGAUUGAUUCUGAUGAAUUUGAGAAGAUGCAUACGGAAUUCGUGAAAUACUUCAAGGAGGAAGAACAGAAAGUGCUCGUCAAGACGAAAUGCCGACAUUACUCACUGAACUCCUAGAACGCGGAUAGAAGACGGGAACA